CACGCAAAGCUCAAGCGCUGUUUUUUACUCCUUUUGCAAGAGAUUAUAAUAAAAUUUACAUCUUGUUUUUGUUUUUUGUUUUGCAUUUAUUUACAUUAUUAAUUUUGCUUUUGUGACAUGACGUCAAAAACAGAAAUGGCAAAGGCCAAGGCCAUUGCCGACGUGCUACGACAGCAGCUAUUUAUCGGUGUUGAGGCCACGACUGCCCAAGAGAAUGCUGCCAAGGCCAGCUCUGGUGGCCAACAGCCACGCCACGAGCGUUUGCUCAACAUGAUUAGCGUCAUGGAGCGAGACAACUCGAAAGGCAGUGGCACAGCGAAGCCUCGAAUGCUGUGCAUUACAGUCAAGCGCAACCGGAAACUGCGGCUGCGCAAGGUGAAGAUGAACAACAAUCGUGCUGAAAUUAGCAAGACCUGGACCAUGGACGAGGUCAAGGCCAUCGAAUUCAAAGAGCCGACGCGAUUUUCGCUGCAGCUGAAUCACAAGUACGACUUCACCGCCUCCGAUGCCGUGCUGGUCGAGGGGUUUGUGCAGAUGCUGGUGAGCUUUUGCAACAAGUACGCGCUCAAGCCCCCACGGUACAUCAACACUGUGUCCGGAGGAGCCCAGGGGUCGACGCCUUUUGGAAGCGCUAGUGUUGUCAGGCCCAGAACCGUUUAUGGCAGGAAUGCUCAGCAGCACACCCGCAACCCUUCUGUUCCGACAAUGCCCUCGUUUGACCCGCCAAGGUUGAUGCAGCAGCAAGCGGAUGGCUCUUUGACUGAAGCCCAGGCCCGCGCCCGCCCACAGACGCGAGGAAAUGCGCGCGGCGGUCCAGGCGACCAGAGCGCCCUGAUGCGGCGCAUGACAAAGUACGUAGCGGAUCACGGCGGCGACGUCUCGGCGUUGGUGCCCAUGGACGCGCCACCUAUCGAAGAGGGAGUCGAUAAUGCAAUGGACGGCGAAGAUAUGGAGGAGGCGGCGGAUGACGUCGAGGAUAUGCUGCUGGAUGAGGCCUUCAUGCUUUCCGCGGACGAACUGGUUGGUGAAUUUGGGUGGCGAGCGAACAUUGGCGCGGCACAGCUUGAGUCGCGCCUUAUGAGUGAACUGAACAAGCUCGAGUCUGAGAACGUGCGUGAUAUGCUUGAGGCCGACACGCAGGUCCCGAAGCUGAUCCAGGAGCUUGACCAGGCCAUUUCGCACUUGGAGCGGAUGGACGAAAUGCUCAAGUUCUACAGCUUGGAGCUCGAGUCGAUGGACGGCGACGUGCGAAAGAUUCAGAUAGAGAACGAGGGCCUGAAGGUCGAGGAGGCCAAUCAACAGCGCCUGCUCGUUGAGCUGGAGAAGAUUCUCAAAACGAUUACGCUGUCUGAGGACGAGCUGCAGGUGCUGCGCAACGAGUCCUUGGAGACAACCGACGGCAUUGAGCGUGUUGAGCGCGUGGCCGCCUCGCUCAAGCGCAUGCUGGGCACGACGCCCGGGGACGGGCUGGGCGGGCUCGAGGCCACUCAUGAGAAGAUGAAGAAGUAUGAGUUCUACUGCUCAAACUUUUCGACACGCGUGUACGACUACCUCAAGGUUAUGUUUCAGUUUAAAAUUGACGGCAGCAUCAAUGACAAGGGCCGGAACACCGUGCGCGGUAUUCGCCUGAUCAGCGGGCCAGACCACGUGCACAAGAUGAUGGUCAAGUAUGCCGGGCUAACGCUAUGGCUCAAGGAGGCCAAGCCGUCAGCGGACAAGGAGCUCCAGGCACUGUACAUCCAGUGCAUGAACACGCUGUACGGGAACCAAACCAAGGAGCUGGUGGACUCGUGCCGGCCAUUCUUCUUCAGGUACCGCCACGAUGUCAGCAGCGGCGGGCCCAAUCCGAUUUCUGAGUUCUCGUUUUCGACCAACGUCGGUGCGGCGGCGAGCAGCAACACAGGGCGUAGGCUCAGCCUGGACGGAAUCAGCGGCGCCGCACAUCACGCUAUUGCGUCUGCUGUCAGGGGAGACGGAGGUGGCGCCGGAGGCGCUGCCAGUGGUGCCGGUGGGAACUAUGGCGGUGCGGGGGUCGUGCCAAGCAAUGAGAUGCAGCCGUCCGAGGCUUUUGCAAUUGCACUGGAGAAUGUCGUAGCCAACGUUAUCUCUGAGCAGAACUUUAUAUCCGACCUGUUCCACUACGUGCCGCCCUCCCACACUCGCGCCGUCCGCCGCUCGCAGUCGACUCGCAGCGCAGCACACCGCCAUACCAGCGAAAGCGAGGCUGCUAAAGCCAAGCUGGGGGAGAACGUCACCUUUUACAACUGGGUCACACACAAGCUGCGCCCGAUCGAGCACUGGGACAUACCACGCUCCAAGCUGGACUCAAAGGGCGUUGUCAGCCAGACGGUGCACUUUGGCUCUGUGAAGGAGGUCAAGAGCAUGCUUGAUCUGCUCUUUGGCAAGCUGGUUUCUCAGGUCGAUUCGCUUAUUGACAUGGGCACACGCUUUGACCCAUCCCAGGCCGUCGGCAUGCUGGUCGCUGUGGCAAAGGCUCUCGAUCUGUGCCGAGGAAGCGAUCAAGGCUUUUUGAUCAACCUUUUGGAGAGGUCCAGUGACAAGCUGGAGACGCUGUUCCAGAGCUACAUCUCUGAGCAGGCACGCGCCAUUGAGGCCACAAAGGUUGUCACCAAGAAGCGCGUCGGAGUACUGCCAUUUGCGCGCAUCUUUCCAAAGUUUAUUGCACACAUCGAGACGUUGGUCGGGGAGACCGGGUACACCGCGCGCGCAAUUGCUGACAAUGCCUGCAGCCGUAUUUCGCGUCUGAUCUUUGACACGCUCGAGUCAUUGCUGCGCGAGGCCGAGCGCAACGCGCAGAAGAACACAGACGACAAGGACGCGCAGAAGGAGCAGCUGAACACUCAUGUGCUGCUGCUGGAGAACAUGUAUGUCAUGCUCACCGGACUGCAGUCGUACAAGGCCCGCGGAUGCGGCUCAUACUUUAUGCCCACUCUGGACACGUACCUGGAUCAUGCGCAGGUUGUCCAGCGCAAGGUGACUCGGGCGUAUAUUAAGGAUGUCCUUUCACGUCCGAUGGGCCGGCUGGUCAGUUUUUUCGACGCCGUCGAAAGGUGCCUGGCUGCCAACAAGGACCCGCUGGCGAUACCGAAUCUAGGAAAGAGCCAGCUGAAGAAGGUCAUUCAGGCGCACUCCAACAGCAGCAUGCGCGAGAACAUCAAGCAGCUUUACAAGCGCGUCGAGAAGCAUUUUGCAAAUGAGCCCAAGCUGCGCAUGAUCGUUUGGCAGUCGAUCACCGAUGACAUUUUGUCAAACUACCAGCGCUUUGUCACUGUGCUGGCGCGCACCUACAAGAGCACCAACCUGUCGCUGGACUUUACACAAGCAGAACUCACACGCUGGCUGAACGAGCGCUAAUAUCACUUUUGUUUUAAUUUUUCUCUAAUUUUCUAUUUAAUUUCUCUCCUAUUUGUAUUGCACACAUAUAUUAUUUAGUUGUCACAUUCAA